GCUUCUAUAAAUGGUAAGACAAUCCUGACACGGUCUCCGAACACCAGCUCUGUCAUUCCCAGAGGAGCCCCAGGAGAGGCAGAGGAAGGCGGAUCAUGAGUGCUUUAGAGCUCCAGAAUGUCGACUGGCAAGUGGCCGACAACCGGCGUGCACAUCACACAGGACAGUUCUCCUCCCGGGAGGUCAUCUUGCGCAGAGGCCAGUCAUGUAAUAUAGUAGCGUUCUUUAACCGUGCUCUUAACUCUGAAGAAGGUCUGAAUCUCACAGCUGAAACAGGUCCUAACCCCUCAGAGUCAGCCAGGACAAAGGCCACAUUUCCAGUCGCCAGUGGCAGAAGCACAGGUGGCAGCUGGGCUGCAGAGGUCAUGGAAAAUAAUGGCAAUGCUCUGACCAUUGCCAUUUACAGUCCUGCCAGUGCCCCCAUCGGAAGGUACACACUGAGCCUUCAGAUCUCCUCCAAGGGCAGAGUCUCCUCUGUGAAACUUGGGACAUUCGUGCUGCUCUUUAAUCCCUGGCUACAAGCGGAUGAUGUUUUUAUGAGUAACCAGGCUGAGAGACAAGAAUAUGUUGAGGAAGAUUCUGGCAUCAUCUUCGUGGGCAGCACAAAUCGAAUUGGCAUGGUUGGCUGGAACUUUGGACAGUAUGAAGAAGACAUUCUGAAUAUCAGCCUCUCCAUCUUGGAUAAGAGUCUGAAUUUCCGACGUGACCCUGGUACUGACGUGGCCCGCAGAAACGACCCCAAAUAUGUUGGCCGGGUGCUGAGUGCCAUGAUCAAUAGCAAUGACGACAACGGUGUGAUCGCUGGGAAUUGGAGUGGCAGUUACACAGGUGGCCUGGACCCAAGGAACUGGAAUGGCAGUGUGGAGAUCCUCAAGGAGUGGAAAAAAUCUGGCUUCAGGCCAGUCCGAUUUGGCCAGUGCUGGGUCUUUGCUGGGACACUCAACACAGUGCUGCGCUGCUUGGGGAUUCCCUCCCGGGUGAUCACCAACUUCAACUCCGCUCAUGACACAGACCGAAACCUCAGUGUGGAUGUCUACUACGACCCCAUGGGAAACCCACUGGACAAGGGCAGUGAUAGUGUGUGGAAUUUCCAUGUCUGGAACGAAGGCUGGUUUGUGCGGAAUGACCUGGGCCCCUCAUACAAUGGAUGGCAGGUGUUGGAUGCUACUCCCCAGGAGAGGAGCCAAGGGGUCUUCCAGUGUGGCCCCGCUUCAGUCAUCGCAGUCCGAGAGGGGGAUGUGGACCGGAAUUUCGACAUGCCCUUCAUCUACUCGGAGGUCAAUGCUGAUCGCAUUACCUGGAUCUAUAAUGCUUCCAACGGUACCCAGAAGCAGAACUCCAUAGAUACUCGGUCGGUUGGCAGGUACAUCAGCACCAAGGCAGUGGGCAGCUACUCUCGCAUGGACAUCACAGACAAGUACAAGUACCCAGAAGAUUCCAAUGAGGAAAGACGAGUGCAAGAAAAGGCCUUGAGCAAACUUAAACCAAAUCCAUCAUUUGGCGCAACAUCUGCAGAGGACUUGCCAAGAGAGGAACGGGCACCCAGCAUCUCUGGGAGAUUCAAGGUGAAUGGUGUAUUGGCAGUGGGCCAAGAAGUCAACCUAGCCCUGCUGCUCAAAAACUUGGCCAGUGAUAGGAAGACAGUGACAGUGAACAUGACAGCCUGGACCAUCGUCUACAAUGGCACACUUGUACAUGAGGUGUGGAAGGGCUCUGCCACAGUAUCCCUGGACCCUGAAGAAGAAGUGCAACAUCCCGUGAAGAUUACGUAUGCCCAGUAUGAUAAGUACCUGAAGGCAGACAACAUGAUCCGGACCACAGCUGUAUGCAAGGUGUCUGAUGAGGCUGAGGUGGUGGUAGAACGGGACAUCAUCCUGGACAACCCCACCUUGACCCUGGAGGUGCUGGACCGUGCCCGAGUGAGGAAGCCUGUCAAUGUGCAGAUGCUCUUCUCCAACCCCCUGGAUGAACCCGUGAAGGACUGUGUGCUGAUGGUGGAGGGCAGCGGCCUGCUGCGGGGCAACCUCAAGAUUGAGGUGCCAGCCCUGCGCCCCAAGGAGCGGUCCCGGGUCCGUUUUGAGAUCCUGCCCACCCGGAGUGGCACCAAGCAGCUGCUUGCAGACUUCUCCUGCAACAAGUUCCCAGCGAUCAAGGCUAUGCUGUCCAUCGACGUGGUCGAGUGAAGGGCCCUGGUGGCCCCCCAUACAAACUUGGGUACCACAGAGCAGGAAGGGCUUGCCAGUGGAGUAAGACUCCUGGCUGCCCAUGCUGCCCAGCCUGGGAAGCCCAGUCUGUCCUAAAGGCUGCCAGAUGUGGACCUCCAGCACACACCCCCACCUCUUCUCACUCCCAGUCUGAGGCCUGCAACUUGAUCACUUUUGCAUGUUCCCUGGCCGCUGCCCCCCUGAGGCCACCUGCUUGGUGAGCCCCAAGGCCCUAGUCAUCCCUUGAACCCAUCAAAGCUUCAGGAUGGAACAGCACCUGACCCAAGGACUCUCCAAAUGGAUAUAGGGGAGAAGGUGGUCUAGACUAUUUGCUGGUCCCCAGACUUCAGUUGGGGCAUUCCUGCUCCUCCCUCAGGUCACUGUGAAGGGAAGGGAAUGGUUAAUCAUCUAUUCUGGUAUUCAUAUCCUUACACUCAAAUAAACAAGUGCCAUCACGUAGCACUAUUCUU